UUGCACUAAAAGGUUUUUAAACCGAUAAUAGUAUAGGAAACAUUAUAAUAAAAUAAGAUAAUAUAAUUUGCUCUUCCCAACCUAUUACGUCACAGGAAAAUAAGAUGACCAAUCAAAAAAAUCUUUCAGAUCGUUGCAUCAGACCCCCGUUUCAUGUUAACUGCCAUUCUAUAGCGCUUUAUUUCUAUCCAUGACAACAAUCAUCCAGGAAACGCAAGUACGAAUCCUACGACUACAAAGAAACAGCUCAUGUAUUUUAAUUAGACCUCGGUUAAUAUUCAUUAAGUUUUGCAGACGUUCCUCCGUAACUAACAAAUGGCAAACACUUGAAUUUUUUAUAUUUAUCAGGUUACGCUCGUGAACUUCCAAUAGUAAAGGCAUGGCUCAUGAAUAUUAAGAAGCAAACCUUUACCAUAGUAUUGCCCAUCCAGGAAAUACAUGUUGUGAAAGUAUUACUGUCUCAAUCACGAAAAUGGCACCCAAUAGGAAAAACAGCCUUCCUUCGAGCAACUCUCCUUUUAAAACGAAAGGGUUAAUAUGUUGAAGUGUUUAUGGACGAGAUUUCUGAUCUAAAGGACUCGACUUCAGGGGAUAAAUCAGGUUUGGGGCAGUCUCGCGUGCUGUCUUUGGGAAGUUCAAUUGAAGAAAUGACUCUUGGUAUGGAUUUUAUACUGAGCAAUUUAGGCUAAAACUUAUUUUUUGUCUUAAUGUGUGGCAUUGGUACUGUAUACCUGUGUUAGUGUAGGCCUACAUCACAAUGACAGAAGCCGUAGUCAUAAUAGUUUUGUAUUUGUAUUAUUGUGUUGUAUAAUUAUGUGUACAUUUGACAUGUAAAUUGUGUUGUGCAAAUAUGUUGUUUAUUGUAAAUUGUUAUAUGUCUCGUCACUGUCAUGACUGCUAUGUUGCUCGGAACUGCACACAAGACUUUCACCCACUGUUGCACUUGUGUAUAUAGUCGUGUUACAAUAAAGUGAUUUGAUUUUAAUAACCUAGAUAAAGACAACUACUGCAGAACUUUAUCAUAUCAAAUGCACAUGGUAUGGAAUAGUUAUUCGCUUUCAGUGGAUGGCAGCAGAAGCAUGGGAAUGGUGGGGAAGUUCUGGACUGGUAUCUCAAAGGUUUGUAGGUUCGAAGCCCUUGUUUAAGACAUUUAACCUAAGGUUCCGUCCGAAGGACUAAACCUGUAAUAUGUGAUCUGGAUUAAAGCUUUAGAUAAAUGUCCAACUAGUCAUCAGGAAUGCCGAGAGUGAUUCGCUCAUCACUGGAUGUGGAGUACAGUCCGGUGGGUGAGAGCUUCGGCAUGCAGGAGUUCUGGCUCUAUGUGUGUCUGCGCAGGGUCUCUGUGGUCGCCGCGCACAUAAUUUCAUUCGGUCUGGUUAUUCUGACAUCCAUACUGUCCAGACCAGGAACGAGUCUUUUCUCUUGGCAUCCCAUCUGCAUGUCACUUGGGUUUGGCCUGUGCAUGACAGAGGGCAUCCUUCUCUUCUCUGCUGAGGGUAGUCCGUUCUGCUUUAAAUCCCGUAAAUGGAAGGUCCGUCUGCACUGGUUCUUCCAGGCCUUGCUGCUGGUGUUAGGAGCUACAGGCUUCAGCUUCAUGGUGGCCAGCAAGAAUGUAUCAGAGCUUUCUCACUUUACCUCCUGGCACAGUCUACUGGGAGUUGGUACAAUGGCUGCUACUGCGCUACAGGCGGCCAGUGGCAUCUUUCUUCUGUUUCCCACACUUAUCAGCACCCGAUCAUUUCCAAGGUUGAGACUGUACCAUCGCACCUGUGGCCUGGUGGCCUACCUGUUGGCCACCAUCACUAUCAUGUCAGCCAUGUUUACAGACUGGUUUCAGGCCACGGUAAAAGGAACAAUGUGGUACAUCUUCCUAUUGCUGCCACUGUUUCCUGCCUUGGUGGUGAUGAACCAAAUUACUAAUGCUUUGAUGCCCAAAAAGAAGAUUACUAGCUGAAAACUAAAGCUUCAAUUUAGGGCUCUGAACUUGAACAGAGAUUAGACCACUGAACGGUAAAGCACUACUUUGAGGAACUGAUGAAAUGUGAUUUCUUUAAAGCGCACUAAGACAUUUUUCUAUUUAAAUUCAAGUGUGUCACUUAUUCAAUCUAAAAUAAUGUCAGUGUCAGAGACAAUUUUAAGUAAACCAUUUACAGAAUGAUUUACAAAAAAGUUGUUGUAUCAAAACAUUGUUUGCUUGAACCAAUGGCUUGUGUUUGGGAAAGGACCACAAGUAUUUGCAAAUGUGGGAAAAUCUAUUAUUUUCAUAAUGUUAUUAAUGAAAAUAAACAAUAUUAGUAGUAGGGCUGUCGAUUUAACACGUCAAUUUAGUGCAAUUAUAUAAAAAUAACAUGUAAAAAAAAUGUAUGCAAUUAAUGAUGCCUCCUGACCCAUAGGUAAACUCAGUAAUAAAAGUAUGUAUUUUCCUACCAUUAGAGCAAUAUAAAGGAAUAGUUCCCCCAAAAAUAAAGUGUGUAGUACUUUCUUUCUUAAGCAGAAUACAAAUGAAGAUUUUUAGACGGAUAUUGCAGCUCUUUAGGUCCAUUCCAGUGGUCUAAUCUUCUGAAACGAAAUGCUAAGUGUGUAAGAAAAAGAUCAAUAUUUAAAACCUGUUUCACCAAAAAUGUUCGCUUCUGGCCAGCUUGAGGUUUGUACGAUGACGAGGGUGGAGUAUAAACUGCCUCUUUCGUUACGUAAGCAUGUAAGCCUCCUCUGCAGACAUUCAUACGUAGAUACCUUAUUACCAGCUGUUUCUAUGGACUGCAAUACUGUUUCUACACAAAAGCAGUAUAUGCAAUGAUCUGAGCAAGGAGCUCGGUCUGAGGCAUCUCUUACACUCAUUCACUUGCAUUCAAACUGAUUCAAAGAGCUCUCCUUGUUGACCAUUCCAAGAUGGCGCCGCAGUUGAUAUAUCCAAACCAGUCGAAUGAGGCAUAUGCAUGAUUAUCUAUGCUCCUCUGUCAGUUCUCGUGUAAAUGUUCCAAUGUGUUUGACCUUGACCCUUGUGAAUUUCUAGUAAAAAAGUUUUAAAUAUUGAUUUCUUACACAUCUAGCAUUUAGCUUCAGAAGACAUUAAUUAAUCCACUGGAGUCAUAUGAAUUAAUUUUAUAAUGGCUAUAUGUGCUUUUUUUAAGCAUCAAAAAGUUGGCACCCUUUCACUUGCCUUUUAUGUACCUACUGAGAUCAAAUAUUCUUCUAAAAAUCUUCAUUUGGGUUCUGCAGAAGAAAGAAGGUCAUACACAUCUGGGAUGGCAUGAGGGUGAGUAAAUGAUUUUACUUUUUGGUUGCACUAUCCCUUUAAGUACAUUUAACUUCUUUUUUUAUGAGACACAUCAGUAGGGGGCAGUCAGCGAGCCUCACAAAACAUCAUAGGCAGCACAGCCACAGAAUGAGAGCCAGUCACGCAGGACGCAUUCUUGACAGUUGGAUAAAGCACAACAAUAUUUCCCAAUUUUUGAAAUUUGGGAUUGCCAUAGUUUCAACUACUUUAAGCUUGACACAGCUUUCUAAAAGUGCAGCAUUUAUGAUGUAGAAAACGAGACAAUAUGAUAAAAAAUAUCUCAGACAGAACACAAGAAUGCAUCCUGUGCGAUGCUCAAUUGAAAAACAAACUCAAUUGCUGUGGCGACCAAAUAUCUG